CGAAGCUCGCGGGGCGGGUUGUGUCAGCGCAGCAGCGGCUCCGGCUGAGGGAAGAAUCAAUUGGGAUACGCUUUGGGUUGUGUUGUAUCAAUCGGCUUUCAGGAAUAUUUUCAUUUUCCCGGCAGAAGAUAUGAAACGAGUUGUACGGCAGAGCAAAUUCCGUCACGUCUUUGGCCAGGCGGUGAAGAAUGACCAGUGCUACGAUGAUAUCCGGGUUUCAAGGGUCACAUGGGACAGCACAUUCUGCUCUGUCAACCCCAAGUUUGUUGCCAUAAUUGUUGAAGCCAGUGGUGGCGGAGCUUUCCUCGUCCUCCCUCUUCACAAGGCGGGACGCAUCGACAAAUCCUACCCCACGGUGUGUGGGCACACGGGCCCGGUGUUGGACAUCGAAUGGUGCCCGCACAAUGACCAGGUCAUUGCCAGCGGCUCCGAGGACUCCACAGUGAUGGUGUGGCAGAUUCCUGAGAAUGGCCUUGUCACUUCCAUGUCUGAGCCAAUAGUGACACUGGAAGGCCACUCCAAGCGCGUUGGCAUUGUGGCGUGGCAUCCGACAGCACGCAACGUCCUGCUUAGCGCUGGUUGUGACAACCAGAUCAUCAUCUGGAAUGUGGGCACAGGCGAGGCCCUGAUCUACCUGGAGGACCAGCAUCCCGACCUCAUCUACAGUGUGAGCUGGAACCGCAACGGGAGCCUCAUCUGCACCGCCUGCAAGGACAAGGCCGUCCGCGUCAUUGACCCCCGCAAGAACACCAUUGUUGCUGAGAAGCAGAAGGCGCACGAGGGAGCUCGGCCCAUGAGGGCCAUUUUCGUUGCUGAUGGAAACAUCCUCACCACUGGUUUCAGCCGCAUGAGCGAGAGACAGAUCGCUCUCUGGAACACGCAAAACAUGGAGGAGCCCAUGGGUUUGAAUGAGAUGGACACCAGCAACGGUGUGCUGCUGCCGUUCUACGAUGCAGACUGCAAUGUUGUUUAUCUCUGCGGGAAGGGUGACAGCAGCAUCCGCUACUUCGAGAUCACAGACGAGGCGCCGUACAUUCACUUCCUCAACAUGUUCACCUCCAAGGAGCCUCAGAGGGGAAUGGGCUACAUGCCCAAGAGGGGCCUCGACGUCAAUAAGUGUGAAAUCGCAAGGUUCUUCAAACUGCAUGAAAGGAAGUGUGAGCCCGUCGUGAUGACUGUGCCCAGAAAGUCGGACCUGUUCCAGGACGACCUGUACCCGGACACGGCCGGGCCCGACCCUGCCCUGGAGGCAGAGGAGUGGAUCGACGGCAAGAACGGAGACCCCACCACCGUCUCCCUCAAGAACGGCUACGUCCCGACCAAAAACCGCGAGAUGAAGGUGGUCAAAAAGAACAUUUUGGACUCAAAGGUCACCAAAAACGCCGAGAACUCGUGCCCCGGCAACAAGUCUGCCUCACCCACUCCGUCGAUUAAGUCUGAAGCCAAGCUGGAGGAGAUCUUGAAAGAAAUCAAAUCUCUCAAGGACCUGAUCAGCAGUCAGGAAAAACGAAUCAUCAAACUUGAAGACCAGAUGUCCAAAAUUGCCAUUUAAAGAACCUUUUUUUUUUUUCUCCCCCCCGACCCGCUAAACUUCAGGAUGUUCCAUUGGCUGCGAGGCGGGCGGGAACAGUCACUGCCUAUCUCAACGACAGUGCUUGGUCCGAGUCCUGUCUCGCAAUGAAUCCCUAGCAACAUUCCAGAUGAACUUUUCUUAGCCAGCCCCUGACUCUCAGUUUAACACAGGUGGAAUAAAGAUGUGGCAAAUUUAGCAGAAGAUACUCUUGCUUUUUUUUUUGGUGACAAAGGACUCUUUCCUUUUAUCACGUGUCUCUUUUUUUUUUUUUAAUUUUGUUCUAUACUUUAAAAACACAAAAAAAAAGCCUGACAUACUCCUUUUUUCAUUUUAUAUUAAUGAUCGAGAAAUUUCCUGUCAAGAGUCCCCAUUUACUAACGUGUGUUCAUCUAUAUUUCAGUCCCUCCAGGAUCGCUCAGGCAAAAUUAGACAACCUUGAUUUUUACAAACCGUUUUUUCAAAAUGUGAUCAAAUUUGCAGGAUUUUUAUCUGGUUUUAUUUGCAAAAAUGUGGGAAUUUUAAAAAAUGGCAAACCAUUUGGGAAAAUUAACUUUUUUUUUUUAAUGCAACUCUUGUUAGAAGCAGUUCUAUUUUAAUUCAUGCAGAAUUGUUCCUUUAAGGUCUAAAAAGCUCCUAACCACAUCCUGUCUGCUAACAAACGAAGUGAUAUUUUUCCUUUUAAAUUUUACAGAACUUGUGCCCGCAGACGUUCUGAAAAACAGACGUUCAUCUUCUUUUAAGUAAAGAUUGCGAAAUCAUAUCACAGUGCAUGUUUCUGAUCAGUUUGAAUGAGAUAACCGGUUUCGGCCGACAUGUGGGAGAAAAUUGCGAGGAAAUUGCGGAGAUACUGAAAAAUGUCCUGGAGGGACUGACUUUUAAGUACCAGUGUUUCCUGUUAUCAUACUCCAAAAACAUGUUGCCAAAUCUGGACUUUCGACCUCCUGAACAGUAUUGUUUGUGAUUUUUUUUUUUCUUUCUUUUUUGUGGCGUGGAGGGGGGGAUGGAGGUCUAGUGCCGUGAGCUUGUUGAUGAAAGGAGGGGCGAGUUUCCAUCAUGGAUUAAAUUGGCUUACAUUGGUAUUGCUACAGUUCCCAAUCAGCCCUUUUAAUGUCCCAAAUAUUAUAGCCGUCUUGUGUUUCGAGCUAACUUCUGUUGCUUCCUGUCAUUCCGACUUUGGACACAAAUGUCCAUAUUAAAAAAACAAACAAACAAAAAAAAAUAACCGCAGCAUUCCUUUCUACCUUGCUUCAUUAACAAGGCACUCUGCACUUAUAGGAAAAGAAAAUCAUUGGCAGGUCUCCUUGUUCCUCUGUAAGCACCCUCGUGUCGUGACUAGCUGGUUGUCAUUGUGGCGUCUUCUCGUGCUGCCAGGGAGCAUCGAUGUGACGGUUGUCGUCUUUUUUUUUUUUUUUUUUUUUUUUUUUGCAGGCGGCCGUUUCCAUGUAAAAUACCGUCGCCAACCUCGGCGUUUGUGGGAUUUUUUUUUUUUUUUUUUUUUUUUUUUUGUUCCACAGUCAAGUGAAGUGGGAUUAUUUUUUUUGUCACUCGUGUUUUUCAUAUCACCAUCUCAGAUCUAGACUUUUCUGUACAAAACUGCACAGGAAUCGAUGUGAAGUGACACCAAAUAACCCGUCAUUGUCUUGGCUGUUGAUGACCGUGUGGCGAUCGAAGCUGGAGAUACCUGCAGAAACGACAAACCUCAAAGGCCGCCGGUUGUUGUGAAUAUGUGCCUGGUGUCUUUGGCCUUGUGUCCCUGCCACUUUAAAUGUUCCUGCUUUGUUUUUGUGAAAUCGACUCGCAGCGGAAGGUCUGAGAACUUGCCUCCGAAUUGGGAAAACUCAAAGUUAGCUUGUCUUUUCACUGUUAAUUUUGGCCCGUUCCUUGUUCCAGCUGUGCUUGUUACCCCCUCUUAGCACUCCCAUGUCUUCGUUCUUUAUUUCUUACAUUCCCCCGAUUCAGCCGUGCUAGAAACCGCGGAAUCGUCCGAUCUUGAGGCUGAAGAGAAGCUCUAUUUUUGACUUGAUGGAUUUGGUUCAGUCUGUUUUGCCUUCAAUCAUUGCGACCACUGUAAAGACCUGAAAGUGCCAUAGAGGUGAUCCUGGAAGUGUCGGGGAAUGCUUUUGUGAGUGGGUUUUCUAGAGAAAUUGAACGAGUCGAGCGGCGUUUUGGAUUCAAACCACUCGGAAGUGCGACGUUUAGUAGAACCACUUUGUUCUAGUAGAGCCUGAGUCUUGAAGUACCUGCCUGUCCCAAAGCCGAUUAACAGCCUAACCUCCUGCCAGUCCGUUGGACAGUGAUGCUGUACGCGGUUCAUUAGACACACUAUGCCUCAGACGUUUGGACAUUUCCCCCCCCAUUUUACGGGUAUAAAUAUACAUUUCAAGAAACGACGCCAGACCAAGAAAAUGUCAGAAUAUGCAGCUGCGUGAUUCAUUGGUGCUUCAAGAUGCGGUUUGAGCGGCAAGUGGUGGAGUAUCGCUGGUGGAAAAGUGUGACAGAUGUGGGUCUGACACGUCAUACAUCCAUACUGUGUGUGUGAGAAUGUGUGUGUGUGAGAGAGAGAGAGAGAGUACCACUCUGUUGGCACGGGAGCUGAGCUUUGAGGAUUUGUAGUUUUUAGCAAUCCAAAGGGACGCUGUAGGUUGGAGAGCUGUGCAGUCGAAAGGUAGAUGUAUGUGUGUAAUUAAGGUCUAGAAAAAUAAGUGAAAGUGGUGUAAAUAACAUGACCAUGACUUUUUUUUUUUCUAUUUUUGUUCUCUGUGGUUGUGCUUAAGAGGGUAUUUGUGUGGGAGGUGGGUUUUUAAAUGUUUCCCCUUUAUUUGUGUUCCUUGCACCUUGCCAUAAUGCAUCAUGAGAAAAGCAGGACCUCUGCCACACCGGAGGUCGGAUGGAAAUCAGACGAAAAAGCGAACCGAGACGGAAGCCUCAUGUGGAGGUCUGCUCAGCAUUUUUUUUGUUCAUUAUUCUUGCUUCAAGUAUCAAACAUUGAUUAUAAGAAAAAUUAAUAAAGAAUUUUUAAAACGG